ACCAGAUGUGGCAUUUUCAGACGUGUCACUCUGCCCUUCAGACAGAGCUGGCGGUAUGCUGAAAUGGGCCCCCUGCUUCUUGCACCGUUGGGCAAUAGCCCUUGGGACUCCUCAACCUGCUGCCUGGAAAUCUUCACUUCUCAGGACGGCCCCCAAAGCUGUUACAAAGACCCCCACGCCUCCAUAUCUAUCGCUAAAUUUGGAUGAUGGGAAGGUUUUCCGCCUCAAAAGCAAUUGGGAACUGGCCCGUGGAUUGCUGGUGUUUCUGCUCUGCUCUUCUCCAAGGCUGGUUCAGAAAGCACCCAUGCUUCUUUCCAUCUCCCGACGGAUUCUGGGCCAACGGCUAUGGAGCUCAUUCCUUCGUCUCACACUGUAUGGACAGUUUGUAGCUGGCGAGACUCACGGAGAGAUCAAGGAAACAUUGCAAUGGCUCCAGGGUUUGGGGGUCCGCCCUCUCCUUGCAGUCCCUAUAGAGGAAGAUGUGGGGCAGACAAGGGAUGGAGAAGAGUGGUAUGAGAAGAAUACCCACGCCAUGCUGACCUGCCUGGAUCUGUCGGUGGGGGGUACUACAAAUCCCAUGAUGCAGCUCAGGGUGACAGCAUUGAUGGCGGCUGAGCUGUGUAAAACCAUUACUUUACAUCUACAAGAACAAAGUGGAAAGUCAGAUCUGAGCUUAGAGAGAGUGGUGUCUGCCAUGAAAGGAGAAGACCUCAAUUUUGACUGCCUGACCCAAGAAGAGAACCAGCAUUUCCAAAGAUCUUUGCAUCGACUCAAUUCUGUAGCACGGUAUGCUGUGGAAAAAGGAGUGCGUGUUCUGGUGGAUGCAGAAUAUACCUAUGUGAACCCUGCCGUGACACUUGUUACAUUGGCAAUGAUGGCUACCUGGAACACACAGCAUUCAUGGAUCUGGAACACAUAUCAGGCAUAUCUCAAGGACACACUAGAUCGGUUGACUCAAGAUGCGUCUCUCACUGAACACCUGGGUGUCUGUUUUGGAGUGAAGCUGGUACGGGGUGCAUAUCUGGAGAAGGAGCGGAAAUUGGCAAAGGAAACGGGGUACCCUGACCCUGUGCAACCCAACUGGGAGGCUACCAAUGAUAGUUACCAACGCUGUUUGGAUUUCAGUUUGGAUCAAGUGUCUAAAGCCAGGGGGAGCUUUGAGCUGAUUGUGGCAACGCAUAACGAAGCCUCAGUGAUGCAUGCUGUCCAGAGGAUGGCAGAGAUGGGUAUCGACAAAGCUGCUGGACCCGUUAGCUUUGGACAGCUUCUGGGCAUGUGUGACCAGGUGUCCUUGGCACUUGGUCAGGCAGGCUAUGCCAUCUACAAAUCCAUCCCUUAUGGAUCGGUGGAAGAGGUGAUCCCAUAUCUGAUCCGCCGUGCUCAGGAGAACCAGAGUGUCCUGCAAGGGAUCAGGAAAGAACGCAACCUGUUACGCUCGGAGCUGCGCAGACGGAUCUUGAGAAGACCUUGAGGAAAUCUAAAUAUUUCCAAAGAACUAUCCCACUUCCCCGCCCCCCUCCAACCUGGACUCAUAAAAGUAUGACCACUAACAUCCUCUGUUCCAGUGUCACGCCAAUAUAAUCUUCAAAAUAUUCACCAUUUUGGUUUGCCAGAUCCCAAAACAGAAACUUGGUAAUAUCAUGGAUAUAUUAACUCUAAUAUACUCACACAACUCCAGAUAAACUCUAAUGCACAAACAUGCCUGCACAAGAAAGCUAGGCAAGGACCAAGCAGUGGCAUAGUAAUACAGGAGUAGGACUUGACAUGUUAAAACCAUUUUGGAUCAAGUGUUAGAAAAAGAGAAAUUAAUGGGUGGCUGUCAAGUUUUCAGAAUUUUCCUGUAGUGUGUUUGCUAUCAGUUAUGGAAGUGUAUCUUACUAGGGUGCAUCUACAAUGUAGAGUUAAUGCAGUUUGGUAUCCCUUUAAUUGCCAUGGCUCAAUAGUAUGGAAUCAUAGGAGUUGUACCUUCAUAAGGCCCUUAGUGUUAUGUGCCAAAAAGUGUCAAUGCCUCACCAAACUACAAACCUUUGGCUGUGUUGGCUUUACAAAUUGUAUGGAUUCCUUUGAUCUAUGAGAAAAUAAAGAAAUAUGUUGAACAGACA